AUGGUAUCGCCAAAAAAAUGUACUGGGUUUAGACCGCCCACCAGAAAAAAAAGGAAAAAGAAGUCAUCAUCAUCGUCCGAUGAUAAACCUCUUUCGCGAUGUCUAAAGGUAAAUGAUAACAAUGUGGGUUCAUCUGGAAAAUCGGUGCCGAUCUUUGAGCAUUCGAAUGAGUUAUGCUCGACUGAUCUAUCGAAACUCUGUGGCAACUGCUCGGCUGAUGAAAAAGUUGACGAUGCGUUUGCCCGAAAAGUUGGCGACGUAGCUGUUAGAAAUGCUGUCACAGAAGGUGCUGAAACGAAGAAGCCUUGGUGCCAACUUUUAUCUGAGUUUCCGCAGGGCCCCAUUAAGCGGAAAGUAUAUCAAGGAUUUUUUCAUACUCAAGACUCAAACACAAAUUCGAGAUCUCUGGUUAAAACAGAAACAACGUCAUCCACUGCAACACUGAAUCCAACAGUGGAGAUUUCUGGGCAACAUUUCAUGGCUGGUGCGGGCAAAGACCUUCCCGAACAUGCAAUGAUUUGUGUGAUAAAUCGUGAAGAGGUAGUGCUCUAAUUUGGAUUAGCUUGACUUUCCUCACUAUUUAAUGU